UGGAGAUGUCAUCGCUGAGAGCUCCCUUCCCACCCACGCUCAGCCUGGGGAACUCCAGCAGGGAAAAGGGGAAGGGUGAGAGGAAGGAGAAGGAGAGCGGAGGGGAGGAGGCGGGGUCAUCAGGGCUCCGUAUCUCACAGACCAGAAACAGAAGCUGCGCCCAGAGAGCAGGCGGACCUCAGGCCCUCACUCUUGGGUACCCGAGUAGGUAAGAGCUGGGAGGUUGGACCUCAGAAGCUGGAGAAGAAUGUCUGUAUUCUAGGAGGAACUGGGGCCUGGAAUUCUGGGUCUUCCAGGUUGGAGAGAGCUGGAGGCUCAGAUUCCUGGUUCCUGGGGAGGGAAGGGCUGAGACUUUGGACGUUGAACCCACAAAGCUGGAGGAAGGAAGUUAGGGGCCCCUGAAGCUAAGGUGCUGCCUGCUAGGUUCUGAGGAGACAAGACAUGGCGGUUUGGGGGUAGAGAGCCCCUCAGGAAGUGUGGGUCAGACCCAAGGCCCCAGGCAGCCCUCCAGCGCUCCAGCCCGGACUUUGCCUCUGCCUUGGCCUGCCUGAGCCCCAUCCCGAAUGCCAGCCCUUCUUCCCCAAGCUCACCCAGCCCCAGUCCCAGGACUGAGAGCCCCAGGGAGCUUGGAGAGGUGUGAGAGAGACAGGUGUCCUGCCUCAGCCCCGCUCCUUCACCUGCAGAGCCCGGCAUGUGGGGCUACCUGUCGCUGAUGCCCAUCUUCCUAGCUGUCUGGGCUAUCUCUGGCGUCUGGAUCGUUUUUGCCAUUGCAGUGACCAACAGGACGGUGGACCUCAGCAAAGGCUUUCCCUACAUCAGCAUCUGCGGAUCCUUCCCCCCUCAGAGCUGCAUCUUCAGCCAGGUGCUCAAUAUGGGAGCUGCUCUGGCCGCGUGGAUCUGCAUUGUCCGUUACCACCAGCUCCGGGACUGGGGCGUCGGAAGGUGGCCUAACCAGCUGAUCCUAUGGACGGGUCUUCUCUGUGCCCUGGGCACCUCCGUGGUAGGCAAUUUCCAGGAAAAGAACCAGCGGCCUGCGCACUUAGCAGGGGCCUUCCUUGCCUUCAUCUUGGGUAACGCCUACUUCUGGCUGCAGCUGCUCCUGUGGAGGCUGAAGAACCUGCCCCAGCCCGGGGCUCCCUGGAUCGGGCCACUCCGUCUCGGCCUCUGCAGCUUCUGCACCAUCCUCAUUGUGGCCAUGAUCGUCCUCCACGCCUGCUCGCUGCGCAGCGUCUCUGCGGCCUGCGAGUGGGCCGUGGCCAUGCUGCUGUUCGCCCUCUUCGGUCUCUUCGCCGUUGACUUCUCCGUCCUGGAGAGCUGCACCCUGUGUGUUCAACCGUGGCCCAGCCUCAGCCCCCCGCCGGCCUCCCCCAUCUCCCUGCCGGUCCAGCUGUAGCAGCCACUCUGACCUGGGCCUCGCCCUCACCAGUGAAGCAGGAAAGAUGGGGCCAAUCUCAGUGCCCCGCACGCAGCAAGAUGAGCCACUGGGGAUCUCUCCAACCGGCUGGGGCUGCCGCUGACUGACCUGGAGCUGGAGGACCUGUGUGCCAGCGCGGAGGGCCUCUGAACAGCUGGUGGCAGCCAGCAUCCCCGUCCCCACUUUCGGGCCCUGCCCCUGCAAUUGGGCACCCAGGAAGUGAGAGGCCAAGGCCAGCCAGCUGUCCCUGAUCAAGGCUAUUUAUUAUUAUUAUUAUCUUUUUUUUUUUUUUUUUUUGCUGCCGGCGGAAUCAGAGACACGGACGCAGGCAGGAUCACGCGAAAC